GAGAGACAUAGAUAUGCACAGAGGAGGAGGAGAGGGAGGAGAGGGAGGAGGGGGAGGCUCCUGAUACCAAGACACGGAAAAGCAGGGGAGGGAAAGAGAGAGAGAGAGGGAGAGAGAGAACGGAGAAAAAAAAGGGGCUGGUGGAGGAGGAAGAGCGGGGAGUGGGAGAAAACAGGGGGAAUAACACUUGAAGGAAGCACACGGAGGAGAGGAAGGACAGUGGCCGGUGCCGUGGACAUCCCCUCCGCUCUGCGCUCAGGCUGUCACCGCGGAUUGGACUCCGAAGGACCGACACCGCGUCCACCCCAGACCCCAUGGGGUAACAGCAGACGUCUGGAGGAGAGGCUUUUGUUCAGCUACACAGAUGAACAACAGGAAGGAGGACAUGGAGAUCUCCUCUCACUACCGUCAGCUCCUCAGAGAGCUCAAUGAGCAGAGGCAGCAUGGCAUCCUCUGCGACGCCUGUGUCAUCGUGGACGGAAAGAUCUUCAAGGCCCACAAGAACGUCCUCCUGGGCUCCUCGCGCUACUUCAAGACUCUUUACUGCCAGGUUAAAAAAGGGUCCGAGCCUCACCACCAAACCACCGUCACUCAUCUGGACAUUGUCACGGCGACAGGUUUCAAAGCCAUCCUGGACUUCAUGUACUCGGCGCACCUUGCUCUCACCAGUAAAAACGUGAUCGAGGUCAUGUCGGCUGCCAGCUAUCUGCAGAUGACAGACAUUGUCCAGGCCUGCCACGGCUUCAUCAAGGCUGCGCUAGACAUCAGCAUCCGCUCUGAGAUGGCCGACGAACUGGCCGACUUUGAAAUGGGAGCCGUCACUGCUGCCGGCAUAGGCGGAGGAGGUGGCGGAGGUGGAGUGGGUAUGGCAGGAACAGGGAGCGUUGCCGGAGCGGGUUUGGGUGGAGGAGCAGGAGGAGGAGGGAUCGUGGGCAUGGCCUCUGAAGCCCUCGCCUCCAUCAUGUCUGGUCGCAGCACCUCCCCUUGGCUGGCGCGACGCACCAGCCCGGCCAACUCUUCUGGGGACUCGGCCAUCGCCAGCUGCCACGAGGGAGGGAGCACGUAUGGCAAGGAGGACCAAGAACCACCCAAGAGCCAUGAGAGCCAGGAGGAAGCCUGCCACGACUCCCAGCCCGCCUGGCCACAUGACUACAGGCCUGUCACUGUCAAAGAGGAACAGGUGUCCCCCACCUCCUCCUCCCAUCCCCGGGACACUCCCAGGGGGGCAGCCCAGAGCCAGGGGGAGCAAGGGACUGGCGGCGCUGCUGGAGGAGGUGGAGAGGGACCCUGGCAACCCCUAUCAGGGUCAGGGCGGAGGAAGAAUAGGAAGAACAAGGACACGGUCAGACAUAUCACCCAGCAGUCUGAGAGGAACUGGGACAGAGAGCGGGACAGGGAGAGAGACAGGGACAGUAGGCCUGGGUCUCCUCUGCCCUCCAUGCUGGCUGUGGCCGGAUGGAACUACAAUGGACAGGACAUCCCAGGGGCAGACGUGACCGAACCCAACAGCUCAGACAGCCGCGGCGAACGCCUCGACUUCUUCCUCAAACAGGAAGAGGCCCUCACCGCGGAGCCGGGCUUCAUGGGCGCCAACGAAUCGGAGGACGGCGGGGGAGGAGCCGGGGGCGGGAGCAUCUCGUCUGUGGCCAAUCUGAAGGCGGCACUGAUGAGUAAGAACAGCCUGCUGUCGCUGCGGGCUGAGAUGAUGGGAGAUGAUAACCCCCUGCUCUAUGAGUACCUGCCCAAAGGAGGACACUCCCUGUCAUGGCUCCGCUCCAACAACUACUGCAGCACGCUCCGGCCAGGGGCCACGGGGGCCACUAUUCAUAACAAACAGGGGGCUGGCUCCUCUCCUCCUCCUCCUCCUCCUCCUCUUCUUCUUCUUCCUCUUCAUCUUCCACCAUCACCACUACCGCCAUCAUCGUCGUCAUCAACAUUGGCAUACUGCCCACCCACUCCACCCACACCACUGCUCCCCUCUGAGCCUCGGCCCCUGGAGGCCCCCGGUUUGCGGGCCGGGGCAUCCCCGCUGCGCGCAGAGGGGUUGGACAUGGACGUGGAAGAUGCUCCCGAGGGCCCGGAGCCCUCCACCUUGCCUGAGGAGGUCAUAAAGGAUGAAGAGGAUAUGAAAGAAUACAGCGCAGGCUUGGAAGGUGAUCAGUCUCCUGUCGAGAGGGAUCAGAUGGGCGAUGGGAGCUGUGCUGGUGGGUUGAUGCCUGCGUCAGUGUCCGAGGCUGGCAGAGGGACCAGAGGGCUGAUGGUGCUGGUGAAUGACUUCACGGUGAUCCGUAAAAAGUUCAAGUGCCCCUACUGCAGCUUCUCUGCUAUGCACCAGUGCAUCCUAAAGAGGCACAUGCGCUCACACACUGGUGAGAGGCCCUACCCCUGUGAAAUCUGUGGCAAGAAGUUCACCAGGAGGGAGCACAUGAAGAGGCACACACUGGUCCACAGCAAAGACAAGAAGUAUGUAUGUAAAGUGUGCAGCCGGGUCUUCAUGUCGGCAGCCAGCGUCGGAAUCAAACACGGCUCCCGGCGUCACGGCGUCUGCGCCGACUGCUCUGGCCGGGGCAUGGCCGCACUGCUGGACCACAACGGGGAGGUGGGUGGAGACAUUUCCCCUGAGGAGGAGCUGUAUCCCGGCGAUCGCUUCCACGACGACCAGGCGGAGUGCGACGGCGACGGGGAGGGGGAGGAGGAGAUGCUGGUGGAAGGGGACGGCGAGAUGAUGGGAGAAGGGGAGGAGGAGGCGGUGAAGUGGAAGGACUCAGGGAUGAGCGCCGAGGCACACGGAGCACUGGACAAUGAGAAGGAGGAGAGCGACUCCUCGGCACAGGAGGGCGAGCAGCAGAACGGGACUGAUCGGGAAUUCACCUGGAUCUCCUAGAACCCGUCCGGCUCCUGCUCGUGGCCUCGUCACACCAACCUCCUGAAGAUCUCCUGCGAUCUGCUGGGCAGAAAUCACUGCUCUCUUUACCCAUUCGUCCCCACGUGGGCGGGCCUUCCUCUGAACGGAAAUGCUGUAGGGUGAUGUGCGACAAUGAUCUAAAACCGUUAUGAGUGACACGCUCAAAUGCACACACACACACACACACACGCAAACACACACACACACACACACACAGACGCACACACACUUAAGGCUAUUCUCAACCUUGGCUGCCAUAGUAGAGGGAGAGUGGUGAAGAGUUGGCUCAAGGCUUUUUCUGCUUACCUCCUUUACUUCUGAUGCAGUGUUUUGGUUUUUUUUGUGUGUGUGUGUUCCUUUCUUUCUUGAGGGUUCAGGCCAGAGUCCAGUAAGUUUUCUACUCCGUCACAGCAGGAAUCAAUGAGGACGCUGCCAAGGACAUGGCCGACGUUGGACUGUAACUUUGUAUGUUUGCCAUCACAAUCACCAUGGAAACCAAGAAUCACUGACAGUGUAGGGAAACAGCCAGGAUGAGGAGGAAGAGGAGGAUGAGGAUGAAGAGGGGGGAGGGGGGUCCCCACCUUGGCUGUAAUGUUUCUAGGGGAAAGUGUCUCUCUCUCUCUCUCUACGACUGAAGGGAGAGUUUGAAUCUAUUGCAAAGCUCCGUGUGUCAGAGGACGGGGCGGCCCGCUGGCACAGUGAUGCAGAGUCCUACUGCCACAGACUUGCACUUUAACGACAACUGACUCCUAUCAAAGCCCUGAACCCGUGGUUUACAUUUUUUGAUCUGAUCUUUACUUACCUAAACAACUCGGUGACCGCACCUACCUUUAAGGAUGUACUUCAUGUCCUCUUGACUGUUAUCACGAAAUCGAGAUCACUGAAUCUUUGUGCAGAUUGCUGUUUAUAUAUAGCCUAUGCCUUUCGGUGGGGUCCUUAAUCUUUUCUUCACUUGAGUUUACCACCGUGGUUUCUAUCGAUUCAUUCCAACAACAACUUUGACAAAAUGUACAUACAGAUUUGUUUUUUUUGGUGGGGGGGGUUUUAAAACAAGGGAGUGAAGUGUGUGUGUGAGACAGAGAGAGAGAGUGAAAAAGAGUUCUACAGCGUCAAGAGUUUUAAACACGGUGCACAUCAGCUUCUGCUUCCCUGUUUGGAAACACAUUCAACACAAGCACACAGUGGAUCCACGCCACCGACACCACGAGCUCUUUCUGUCUCUCUCGCCGUCUCCGGCUCAAGUUUCUCUCACGCUGACGAUCGGACCUGAGAGCCUCGUCUCUCACCUGAAGAGGAGCUGCCUUUCUUUCUCUGUUUUUGUUACCUUUUCCCUUGCUCAUGUAAUUCCAGUUUCUGAACACACAGAUUAUGCAGACUCUUUAUCUUUCUUUUGGUGAUAUAUAUAUAUAUAUAUAUAUAUAUAUAUUUCCCUCCAGCUUUGUAAGGUUUAAAAGAAGAUGAUCAAAACUUGUGCUUGAAAAUUCAGAGUUUGAUAUUUGUAGAGAGUGUAAUAUUAAUUUGCUUUGUUUUAACGGCUAUUUAUUGAAAAACCCUGUUUGUGGAUUCCUGAUUCUUUUGAGAAUUCCCUCCUCUCGCUCUGUGUGUGUGUGUGUGUGUGUGUGUGUGUGUGUGUGCGUGCGUGUGACUGCCUGAGUUUCCAAAAAAGUCUAUAUUGAUUUUCUUAAAAUUCUUUCUAUGUUUUUUGGCAAAGUUAAUGACAAUUCAAGUGAGGCAGAUGACGUGUCUUAUUAUGAUUAUCAGAACUAUGAUUACUGUUGUUGAUGUUACUAUAGUUAAUUAUUAUUAUUAUUAAGUGCUGGAUGCUAAGCUUUAUUGUGUGUUCUUUUUUUUUUGGGAUAUUUUAUAUCUUGUAUAAGGAAAAAAAAGCUUUUAUACUUUGCCUUGUUGUGGACAGCAAGCCAUGGGGCUUUUAUCAACCUUUUAUUGUGCCAGUUUACUCUUUUCCUGUCGUAUUUGCGUUUUCUUUAUUUUCAACCAAGGGGGGGAAACAACGUCACCGUCAGACUUCUCUGUUAGAUAUUGAUUGAAACAUAUAUUCCGCACACGCUUUUUUUUGCAUCACUAAUGUAAACUAAUUGAUUAAUAUCGAACCAAAACCGAUCUAGUACCUUGUAUACAUGAAGUGCUUUUGUUUCACAGUCUCUGUGUGUGCAGGUGCUUUUUGAUUUAUUGUUGUGGUUAACAGUUUUGUUGUUGGGUUGUUGUUUUUUUACUAUUAUUAUUAUUAUUAUUAUUUUUGAACCUGUCACUAUUUGUCACAGUUUGAAAAUGUGCACAUGUUAUGGUAUUAUCGUGAAUAUGAAGGGCUGCGUGAAAGGACCGGCUAGCUUUUGAAGACUGCAUCUUAGAACCAAGCAGAUUUUUUUUGUUUAUUUCCUUUGUUCUACUGUCUCACGCCUUCACAGGGACACAAUCAAGUAGAAAUGCAGCAUGCCGACGAUCGGGUUGAGUCUAUGUGCUGUGUUUCUGUCCGCUGGCGUUUUACUGACUCCACUCUUGUUCAUUCACAUAAAGGGAAAGUAACUCUGGGAAACAUGUUGUUGCCAGUGCUGACCGCACACACACACACACACACACACACACACACACACACACACACAUACAGACACACACACAUCAGGCCUCCCUGCUACAGGUGCCAUGGACUGCACUUCCCAUCAACCCCCACUGAGAAAAUCAGUUCAAUCCGAUUUGUGAUGCUUUCUUCAUGUCCGGCGAUGUCUUUUGAUUUGAUUGGUGUUAUUUAUUGGAUUUUUUUGUUUGUUUUUGUGUUGGACCCAUUUUACGUAGUACUUUUCCGAGGUGACAAUGGAAGAAAGACAAUGGGGUAGGAUUUCUAUGAAUGUUAAUGUUGGGUGUGGAAGGAGCCCAUGAUCAGCGACCAAUCUCUGUCCUGUGGUUCCAUUGUGGCCACUGGGAGACGUCUGGAUGUAUGUGUGACCCCCUGUUCCUGCGCUCUUCUCACAACCUGUACCGUAUGUCUUCUUCCUCAUACCGGGUUGUACUUCAGGAAAACGUCUGCCAUCAACCCCUCAAUAUGUGCCUCAAUGACAUUCCACCCGUGUGUGCUUGUUGUGAGAGUGCUUGCUCCUUGACUAUCUGUGUCGACGGAAAGAGAUUACCGAGAUGUGACUGAUCAUAUUAGAGGCGCGGCAAACCGUUUUUCUUUUUGUUGAGGAUGAUACUUCGACGAGACAAAUCAUGAUGGGCGACUGCGAUUCUCCUUCCCACCGCGUGUUGAUGACCUUCUGUGCCCUGAUUCUGUGGUCUUAACUGCAUGCCUGUGUUCAUUUUUGUCAUACCAAAGCGACGUCUUCGGCAUCUGCACACAACUGUCUCAUUCCACACGAUGCAAAACUGGAACUGUUUGCUCUGCUGCAGAUGAAUAUGGGUAUUCUUAGACGUGUACAAAUUGCAAUCCUCAUUUAGCCUGUAUAGCUUGAUUCACAUGUGCAAAUCAUGAAGCCAUAGAUAUGGGUAUAUCUAUAUUAUACUAUAUUUCAAAAUUUGGCGCUUUUUACUUUAGAUUUUGUUCUUCUACUAAGAGUGAUGUGUGUAUACCUUCAUAUAUAUGAAUUUAUAUUACUAUUAUAUAUUAUUUAUUUUCCCCCUCGAGUUUCAGAGGGUGUUUAAUUUGUAAAAGUUUGCCCUUGCAGCUUGAGGUUUGUUUAUUUUCAUUGGGAAUAUUGUUCAAUAUGAUACUGACUUUAUAUUGAUGAUUAUCAUAAACCUGUGUUUGUAACAAAAUGUGUUAAAUAAUCAACAAAAAAAAAAAAGCCUGUCCUGUUUUUACACCCGUUUUGUUUCGGGCAGAUUUAAGUGCUCUUGUGCAGAUAUUUUUCGGUUGAUAGUACUGAUCACAAAAACGUUUUUACCAUGAGCCUCCUGUUUUGAUGUUGGGGCGGGCCCGGCGGCCAUGCAAGCCUCUUUCUAACUUCAUGUUUAGUGGAAGAAUUAGCUUGACUAUUAUUUGCAAAAACCAAUCAGUCUCAAUAAAUUUUGAAAUUGCUGCUGUAAAGAAGUGA